AUGGCGAACAUCGCGGGACAGCUGAAACGCGGAAUCUCGAGGCAACUCUCAUCUGUAUCGCUCCGCCGGACGUUCAGCCGCCAGUUCACGCGCCAGGCGUCGCACGAUCCUCGCCGUAUCAAUAUGCGGUUCAGCUUCGGCAGGCAAUCUUCUCUCGAUCCGAUUCGAAGGAGUCCGGAAGGUUCUGGCCAUCCGCAGCUCGCCGUCCCCGAUAACCUCGACGCCACUAUGCAGCUCCUCUUCGUGGCUUGUAGAGGAGACGUUGAAGGCGUCCAGGAUCUGCUAGACGAAGGGAUCGACGUGAAUAGUAUUGAUCUUGAUGGUCGUACCGCGCUUCAUAUAGCUGCCUGUGAAGGUCAUGUGGAUGUUGUGAAGCUUUUGCUGACUAGGAAGGCUAAUAUCGAUGCUCGUGAUCGUUGGGGAAGCACGGCAGCUGCCGAUGCUAAGUACUAUGGUAACAUGGACGUUUACAACAUCUUGAAAGCCCGUGGAGCCAAAGUUCCGAAAACGAAAAAGACACCAAUGGUUGUGGCCAAUCCUCGUCAUGUUCCUGAUUACGAGUUAAAUCCACAAGAACUUCAAGUUCGGAAAGCUGAUGGUAUCUCAAAGGGAAUAUAUCAAGUGGCUAAAUGGAAUGGGACUAAAGUAUCUGUAAAGAUACUUGAUAAGGAUCUCUACAAGGAUCAUGAUACCAUAAACGCCUUCAAACACGAACUUACUUUAUUCGAAAAGGUUCGUCAUCCUAAUGUUGUGCAAUUUGUUGGAGCUGUCACUCAAAAUGUCCCCAUGAUGAUUGUGUCUGAGUAUCAUCCUAAAGGUGACCUUGGGAGCUAUCUUCAAAAGAAAGGGCGCCUUUCUCCAUCCAAAGUUCUAAGAUUUGCCCUCGAUAUAGCCAGGGGAAUGAACUAUCUUCACGAGUGUAAACCAGAACCAGUAAUCCACUGUGAUCUAAAACCCAAAAAUAUUAUGCUCGAUAAUGGAGGACUUUUGAAGGUGGCUGGAUUUGGUUUGAUAAGUUUUGAAAAGUUAUCAUCAGAUAAAUCAAAAGUCCUUAAUCACGGGGCACAUAUAGACCUUUCAAAUUACUGUGUAGCACCUGAGGUUUACAGAGAUGAAAUAUUUGACAGAAGUGCGGAUUCGUACUCUUUUGGUGUUGUAUUAUAUGAGAUGAUUGAAGGAGUACAACCUUUCCAUCCUAAGCCCCCAGAAGAGGCAGUGAAGCUAAUGUGUUUGGAAGGAAGAAGACCUUCGUUUAAGGCCAAGACCAAAAGUUGUCCCGAAGAGAUGAGAGAGUUGAUUGAGGAGUGCUGGGAUGUGAAAGCUGUUGUUAGGCCGACAUUUUCUGAGAUUAUAGUUCGACUGGACAGGAUCUUUGUACAAUGCUCAAAACAAGGAUGGUGGAAAGAUACAUUCAAGUUUCCUUGG